CGGGGCGUUGAGGACAGGUCCCGUGGCUCCUCCCUCCUCCGCGGGGCCGGUCGGCCCCAGGCCCGGCUUGCUAAUCGCCGAGGCCCAAUGACGACAAGGCCCAGCCCUUCCCGCCCAGGCUCUGGAGACACUACGGUGGAGGAGCCCCGAGAGGCUUCAUUGCUGUCGUCGUCUCCGCUGCAGCAAGAAUUCCCCGCCUCUCCCGAGACCCCAGCUCACCUCAUCUUGUCCCAGCGCCUGGCCCUCUGGGACGGCACCUAAGUAUAACUGGUGCCCACAUUUGGUUUCGAUUGGCGAGAUACUUUGUUUCAGAGGGCUGGGUACCCGGGGCCAUUAAGGUCGCGGGGACCCAGGAAUCAUCGAACAUGGGAACUGGCAUCCCAGCCUCGGAGCAGAGCAACUGUGCCAAAGGAGAUCCACAGGUUUAUUAUCCUGAAGAGACCGCAAGCAGUGAAGCUGUGCAGGUUACAGGCUGUGAGAGUCCUGAUGACAGUCGACCCCCACAUGAGCCAGGAUACUGCCAUCCAGAAGACACUGGGCAGCUGAUGGCCUCCUAUGAGGGCAAAGCUAGAGGCUACCAAGUGCCUCCCUAUGGCUGGCGCAUCUGCUUGGCUCACGAGUUUACAGAGAAAAGGAAACCCCUUCAAGCAAGGGACAUCUCCUUAAGCAACCUGAUAAAGCAUUUGGGCAUGGGCUUGAGGUACUUGAAGUGGUGGUACCGGAAGACCCAAGUGGAAAAGAAGAAACCUUUCAUUGACAUGAUCAAUUCCAUACCCCUGAGACAGAUCUACGGUUGUCCCUUGGGUGGCAUUGGGGGAGGCACAAUUACCCGUGGCUGGAGAGGCCAGUUCUGUCGUUGGCAGCUUAACCCUGGACUGUAUCAGCACCAGACAGUCAUCGCUGACCAAUUCACAGUGUGUUUGCGUCGGGAGGGACGGACUGUGUACCAGCAAGUUCUGUCCCUGGAGCGCCCAAGUGUCCUACGCAGCUGGAACUGGGGCCUGUGUGGACACUUUGCUUUCUACCACGCCCUCUAUCCCCGAGCCUGGACUGUUUAUCAGCUUCCUGGUCAGAAUGUCACCCUCACUUGCCGUCAGAUCACACCCAUCUUGCCCCAUGACUAUCAGGACAGCAGCCUGCCUGUAGGAGUCUUUGUAUGGGAUGUAGAAAAUGAAGGAGAUGAAGCUCUGGACGUAUCCAUUAUGUUCUCCAUGCGGAAUGGACUGGGGGGUGGAGACGAUGCCCCAGGCGGUCUGUGGAAUGAACCCUUCUGUCUGGAGCGGGAUGGAGAGACUGUAAAGGGACUGCUGCUACAUCAUCCAACUCUGCCAAAUCCCUACACCAUGGCUGUGGCUGCACGACUCACGGCAGAUACCACGGUAACCCACAUCACGGCCUUUGACCCUGACAGCACUGGGCAGCAGGUGUGGCAGGACCUACUUGAGGAUGGACAGCUGGACUCCCCUGCUGGCCAAAGCACCCCUUCACAGAAAGGAGCAGGCAUUGCUGGGGCUGUAUGUGUUUCCAGCAAGCUACCACCUCGAGGUCGAUGCUGCCUAGAGUUUUCGCUGGCUUGGGAUAUGCCCAGGAUCAUGUUUGGAGCUAGGGGCCAAGUCCACUACAGAUGGUACACAAGAUUCUUUGGCCAAGAUGGUGAUGCAGCCCCUGCUCUCAGCCACUAUGCCCUCUGCCGUUAUACAGACUGGGAAAACAGGAUCUCAGCUUGGCAAAACCCAGUAUUGGAUGACAGAUCCUUGCCUGCAUGGUACAAGUCUGCACUGUUCAAUGAAUUGUACUUCCUGGCCGAUGGUGGCACAGUAUGGCUGGAAGUCCCUGACGACUCCCUACCAGAGGAGCUGGGAGGAAGUCUGCAUCAGCUUCGCCCCAUCCUCCAGCACUAUGGUCGAUUUGGCUAUCUUGAGGGCCAGGAGUAUCGCAUGUACAACACAUACGAUGUCCACUUUUAUGCUUCUUUUGCCCUCGUCAUGCUCUGGCCCAAACUAGAGCUCAGCUUACAGUAUGACAUAGCUCUGGCAACCCUCAGGGAGGACUUGACUCGGCGACGGUACCUGAUGAGUGGAGUGAUAGCACCUGUGAAAAGAAGAAAUGUCAUCCCCCAUGACAUCGGGGACCCAGAUGAUGAGCCCUGGCUCCGAGUCAAUGCAUACUUGAUUCAUGAUACUGCUGACUGGAAGGACCUGAACCUGAAGUUUGUGCUGCAGGUGUAUCGGGACUAUUACCUGACGGGUGACCAAGACUUCCUGAAGGACAUGUGGCCUGUGUGUCUAGCUGUGAUGGAGUCUGAAAUGAAGUUUGACAAGGACCAAGAUGGACUCAUUGAGAAUGGAGGCUAUGCAGACCAGACCUAUGAUGGAUGGGUUACCACAGGCCCCAGUGCUUACUGUGGAGGGCUGUGGCUGGCAGCUGUGGCUGUGAUGGUCCAGAUGGCUGUUCUGUGUGGAGCACAGGAUGUCCGGGAUAAGUUUUCUUCCAUUCUUAACAGAGGCCAAGAAGCCUAUGAAAGACUUCUAUGGAAUGGCCGCUAUUACAACUAUGAUAGCAGCUCUCAUCCUCAGUCUCGUAGCGUCAUGUCUGACCAAUGUGCUGGACAGUGGUUCCUGAGGGCCUGUGGACUAGGAGAAGGGGACACUGAGGUAUUUCCUAUUCCACAUGUGGUCCGUGCUCUCCAAACCAUCUUUGAGCUCAAUGUCCAGGCCUUUGCCGGGGGAGCCAUGGGGGCUGUGAAUGGGAUGCAGCCACAUGGUGUCCCUGAUAGAUCCAGUGUGCAGUCUGAUGAAGUCUGGGUGGGUGUGGUCUAUGGAUUGGCAGCCACCAUGAUCCAAGAGGGCUUGACUUGGGAGGGCUUCCAGACAGCUGAAGGCUGCUAUCGCACUGUGUGGGAACGUCUAGGCCUGGCUUUCCAGACUCCAGAGGCAUACUGCCAGCAGCGAGUCUUCCGUUCACUGGCCUAUAUGCGGCCACUGAGCAUCUGGGCUAUGCAGCUGGCCUUGCAACAGCAGCAGCAGAAAAAAGAUGGAAGGCCAAUAAUUGAACAGAGCAAGGGAUUAAGCCCAAGGCCUAAAUGUGGACCAAAGGGAGCCUUGGCAAACUUAAGUCCAGAAUGAACCUGGUAUUUCUCCUUU